AUGGCGUUCCAUAUCACUGCAUCCAAGUCCCUGCCCGACCCUCUCAGGCUUGUGAAAAGCAGCUGCAGGGAUGCACCAGGGAAAGGGAGGAUGGAGGGCGACAGCACAGGAUCUCCCUGCUUCACACGCAUCCCCCUCGUAUCUCUCUUCUUCCUUGCGUACCUUCGCCUUCUCCACCAGUCCACGCUUCCCAUACACGCUGAUCAUCGUGGAGGAGGAGGAGGAGGAGGUCCCAGGGGAUCCCAGGAAAAGCUGAGAAGGGAGUACCAGGGAAAGCUGAGAAGGGGGGAGGAAGAGGAGGAGGAGGAGGAGGAGGAGGAGGAGGAGGAGGAGGAGGAGGAGGAGGAGGAGGAGGAGGAGGAGGAGGAGGAGGAGGAGGAGGAGGAGGAGGAGGAGGAGGAGGAGGAGGAGGAGGAGGAGGAGGAGGAGGAGGAGGAGGGCGGUGGAAAAUUUGAUUAUACAAUGUGA